AUGGCUCCUAAGAUCACGAACCUAUAUGCCAUUUGCGGUCUCUGCACCCUCGGUGGCCUGUUGCAGGGCUUUGGCUACAAAGACUACUUUGACAACCCAGAAUCUGUCACCCAAGGCGGCAUUAUGGCCUCGUUGGCUGGCGGAUGUCUGGUUGGCGCCGUCUUCUCCUCGUACAUUGGCGAUCAUUUGGGCCGUCGAGAUUCCAUGAUGGUUGCCUGUCUCAUCUUCAUCGCAGGCUCCAUUGUCAUGUGCGCUGUGCAAGACAAGACUAUGCUCAUAAUCGCUCGAAUCGUCAAUGGCUCUGGCGUCGGCCUUCUCACCAGCCAAGGUCCCAUCUAUAUUGCAGAAAUGAGCCCCGCAAAUCUGCGAGGUAGACUCAUCGCCAUGCAGCAAUGGAUGAUCACUUGGGGCAUCCUCAUAAUGUACUACGUCUCAUAUGGCGCCUCCCGCAUUGACUCGACUGCCGCUUUUCGACUACCAUGGGGCCUACAAGUCGUCCCUGCCCUGACGUUACUUUGUUGCCUGCCCAUGAUGCCCAGAUCCCCGCGAUGGCUCGCUACUAAGGGUCGCUGGGACGAGGCCCUGGAAGUCCUAGCCAUGGUUCGCGCCAAGGGUAACCAAAGUGACCCAAACACUCUUGCUGAGUUGCAAGACAUCAAAGAUAGAGUCGAGCAAGAACAAAGUUACAAGACUACCUCUUGGGGCGAACUGUUCAGUCGCCGCAAUAUUGUGCGCCUCCACGUCGCUUGUUUCACUCACAUCUGGUCGCAGUACAGCGGCGUGAAUGCUCUCAUGUACUACAUUGUCUAUAUUUUCCAGAUGGCCGGCCUUUCAGGCACCACCAACCUCACCAUUUCUAGCAUUCAAUAUGUCAUCAAUGUUGUCAUGACUGUGCCGACGUUGCUGUUCUCCGACAGAUUCCCCAGACGCAAAGUCAUGAUGACGGGCAGCCUUCUCAUGGCUAUUUUGCAUUUUACGAUGGCUGGUGUCAUGGCCACCAACGGCCACCCUGUCCCCGGCGGGCUCGAAGGCACCCCAACUGUUACCUGGACUCUAUACACUGGACGCGCCAGCCAGGCCAUUAUUGCUUGCAGUUACAUUUUCACUGCCACCUAUGCACUGACUUGGGGACCCAUGGGCUGGAUCUAUCCCUCCGAAAUCAUUCCGCUCUAUAUUCGAUCCAAGGCCGUCUCAUUAGCUACUCUCUUCAACUGGGGAUGCAAUUUCAGCCUGACAUUUUUCACCCCGACCGCUUUCCGCAACAUCCAGUGGCGUUUCUACAUCAUCUUCGGGUCAUUUUGCGUCGCCGCCUUUAUUCACGUCUUCCUCUUCUUCCAAGAGACGCAAGGUCGUUCUUUGGAGGAGAUGAAUGACAUUUUUGACAACAACACAUUUGCAUUCGGAAAGAUUCGAAACGACAGUCACGAUUUCCGAAGGCGCGUACGAAAAGCGGGAGAGAGGAUAGACUACUCUCCACCAACAUCAGAGGUUGCCGAGCUGGGACUUUCUGACAGAAACUAG